AUGUCCACAUUUGAAGUGUCACCCGCCUUCCCACUAGUAGUACCAUAUAGCACCCCCUGGGAUGCUGGGAUCUUGACCAUGAACUCACACAAUCUGACUUUCCACGACGAGCAGCAGUCGAUACAACAUACCGCCUUGCACAACCAAGUCUCCUGGAAACAUAAGCGGCCACAGAUAUGUUCUGCAAAAGGGGAACAACGCAAAAUUGAAGGUGCUGUCAAGGCACACCAAGCCCAGUGUGGCUUCCGCUUAGUGCAAGGACACAGUGGAACGGAAGGGGUAUGGCCGAAGUCCAUGUUUUGGAUCCAAUAUAACUGA